AUCUGGUCUGGUUUGGCUGGAACUGCUUUAAGGCCCAGGCCACAGAGAGCAGGCAUAAUUUGUUCUAUUGGUUAGAGAGUGACAAUAUUGGACCCGUAGCCCCUCUUUCCCCCACAUCAGUCAAGUUAAAUUACAAAGCCUACUGUCAUUGAAUUAAUAUCACCACAGCUCAUAAAGCUUUGCCUUAUUACAGAGGAUACGGAACCAUUGAAAUAUAAGACAUGGCUUCCCAUCAUUAGCUAGUGUAUGUUGCGAAUGUAUGUUCUAAUACAUCGGCCCUCCAGAUGUUUUGGACUACAGUUCCCAUCUUCCACAACCACUGGUCCUGUUAGCUAGGGAUCAUGGGAGUUGUAGGCCAAAACAUCUGGAGGGCUGCAGUUUGGUGAUGCCUGCCCUAAUACAAGGGUGGGUAACCUGAGGCCCCCCAGAAGUUGCUGGAUUACUACUCCCAUAAUCCCUGACCUUGCAGACUGGGGAUGAUGGGAGUUGUAGUCGUACAACACAUGGUGCAAGAAGAGGUCCCUGGUCUUUGGUGAGAAUUGUAUAUAUUAUUUAUAAUUCACAAAACUGAUUGCAUGUGAUGAUUUCCCUAGGGCUAUUGCUAGGAAUAGGCCCCAGAACAAAAUCCGUGUUGGGCUGGUUCAUCGCAAGGUGGAACCAAAGUUUGUUUCAUCCCAUUUCCAUUCAGGUUUUCAAGGACAAAUCUACCAUAUAUAAUCUUUAAAUCCCACACAGAAUACUUUGACAUAAGAAAUUAAGGGGGGACACACACCAUAAGGUGGUCCAAAUUUGUGUGUGCUUGCAAGGUGGUCCAAGGGCUGUAUUUGCCUGCCAUCUUUUCUCAUUUUUUUUUAAAAAAAUCAUCUGCCUAAGAGCAUCUAGCUAGCUCACAGGGCUCCUGCGAGUACAUGCAUUGAAAUCAGUGUAACAAGUAAUGGCAGGUCUUGAUGAUGUGUUGCUGUUCUCUGGAAAUUUUUUGCAUACGUUUUAUAUUUUACAUUCACCCCCUCCCCCCGCCACCUUUAAAGUCUUUGUAAAAUAUGUAAAAUACACUUAAAAUGUAUGUAGGAUAGCAACAUUCCCCCCCAAGAGUGACAACACAUAAUUAAAAAUGGAUCAAUCCUAGUGGGAUUUGCCACAUUGAUUUCAAUAUGUACAGCAGAAAUAGCCCCAUGCACUAGUUAGCUGCUCUUAGGCAACUGGAAUUGUUUUUGAAGGAAGACAGGCCGGCCAGCCUUGAACCACCUCAUAAGAAAAUUUUUAAGAGAUUGAGAAUCCAGUCCUGUAUGGGUUCCAGAGUGACUCCUUGCCCUGAGCAUCACAUUUGUCCAGGCAGAUAGGAUCAGGUCUGUCCACUUUGGAAUCAUAGCUUGCUGGAUUCCUCUCUCAUCCUCAGAACUCUUGACUGAGUUUGAAUUGAUCUGUAUAGCAGUUAAUCAAUAAAAUCUGUAUUUAUCUGCCUACAGAACAAUAGAUCUGAAGGGGGGAUAGGCAUGCAUGUGUCCCAGCAGCAGGAACCAUCUUAGAAAAGGCAUUUUCUCCUGGGUGAGAGAGUGACGGUGGAAUGCCUUUUCUGAGAAGGUGCCUCCCCGCUCCCCAAUUUUGUAGGUACCUGCAUUAAAAAGAAUUGAUUAUUUUUUAAAGCAAAAAAACCCUGCCACCUGAUUAAUUACAGCCACCUUUUUAGGGAAUCAAAAGAGAUGCAAUCAGCUAUGCUUAAUUGAUUAUACAUUGCAGACCUAGAUUUCCCCAGCUCUCCUGGGGGGGGGGGCUAUGUGUUUAAAGAAUGUGUGAAGGCGGUUGUGUGGCUUGAUCAGCCAACCCUGCCUUUAUUGCCCGUGUGUAGCAGUGUCAACCCAUGCCAUCUGCACCUAUGGCUGAUAUGUGAAGGGGCUCUACCUGCCCAUUGAUGUACACAGGCAGAACUUAAUGUGAAGGUGGGACCCUGACUGCUGCCUCUCACCAAUUCAUGGAGACUUCUGUGUGUGCAGAUGAGCAUGAACCCAAGAAAGCCUGGCAGAGAAGGAGUUGCAGCUGCUGGUCAUGAUUAACCAGCUGUCCAUCCUGCGGGACCAGCUGCUGACUGCCCACUCGGAGCAGAAGAACAUGGCAGCUAUGCUGUUUGAGAAGCAGCAGCAACAGAUGGAACUGGCCAGGCAGCAGCAGGAACAGAUUGCCAAGCAACAGCAACAGCUGAUCCAGCAGCAACACAAGAUCAACCUGCUACAACAGCAAAUCCAGCAGGUCAACAUGCCCUAUGUAAUGAUUCCAGCCUUUCCUCCCAGCCACCAGCCUCUUUCGGUCUCCCCAGAUUCUCAAAUGGCACUUCCCAUCCAGCCAAUCCCUUGCAAACCAGGGGAAUACCCCAUGCAGCUGCUGCACAGCCCCCCUCUGUCCGCACUGAAGAGACCCGCAAGCUCAGGCCACCUACAGAUCCAGGAAUCUUCGCAGCCACUGAACUUAACAGCAAAGCCCAAAGGCUCUGAGCUCCCCAAUUCCUCCAGCUCACCCAGCUUAAAGAUCAGCAGUUGCCAGUCCCUCGCUCCUAACCACGGGGUCUCUCAGGAGCUGCAGACCAGCCCUCCCAGCCUCCCUUUGGGGUUCCUGGGGGAGGGAGAUGCUAUCACCAAAGCAAUCCAGGAUGCCCGGCAGCUUCUGCACAGCCAAAGCAGAGCAUUGGAUGGAUCUCCAAAUCAUCCCUAUAGGAAAGACCACGUCAGCUUGGAUUCUUCACCUGCAAAAGAACAGGUGGAUGAGACUUCUUUGCAGAGACUGGAUGAGUCCAUGCUAACCUGUGAUGGGGAUGGCUCACGGCAUUUCCCCGAAUCCAGGAACAACAACCACAUAAAGCGUCCCAUGAAUGCCUUUAUGGUGUGGGCCAAGGACGAGAGACGGAAGAUCUUGCAGGCCUUCCCAGACAUGCACAACUCGAGCAUCAGUAAGAUUCUAGGCUCACGAUGGAAAUCAAUGUCAAAUCAGGAGAAGCAGCCCUACUACGAGGAGCAGGCUCGGCUCAGCCGCCAGCACCUGGAGAAGUAUCCCAAUUACAAGUACAAGCCCCGCCCCAAACGCACCUGCAUCGUGGAAGGGAAGCGGCUCCGUGUCGGCGAAUACAAGGCAUUGAUGAGGAAUCGGCGCCAGGACGCCAGGCAGGGCUACCUGAUUGCACCUCAGGGCAGCCAGAUGCCUCCUUCCUCUUCGGAUCUCAUGUACCAGCGGUCAGUUGGGAUGCAGCUGGCUUCACCCCUGAUGGACCACUACUUGCCCCGUGGCAUGGAAGCAAACAUGCCGGUCAUCAUCAACACCCAUAGCCUGAAGCCAGAAGAAGGGGACGGGGCUGAGGACAGUCAUUCAGUGCCCGAUGGCGAGAUGUACCACUACAGCGAAGAAGAGGAUUCGGAGGGCGAGGAGAAGAGCGAUGGCGAGCUGGUGGUUCUCACAGACUAAGCCGGUGGUGUGAAAGUGGGGGGGAGGUGUGUGGAAGCAGGGGACUUCACCAGCCUUUGUCCUCUUUCCAGCAUCAAAAUAAUUAGCUGACUUCGGAAGAAGGCAGGAGAGGGCCAAGGAAGCGAGAAAAUACCCCCAGGUUCUUCCGCUGUGUGGCUGCAGAUUCCCGGGAAGCAGCCAGGCCCGUGGGUAGUUGUACCGAGCUGCUGAAAGGAGAGGGGCGGUAGCUCAGCAGCAUAGGAGGGCACACUCUGCGGGCAGGAAGUCCCAGGUUCAAUCCCUGGCACUUCCAAUGAAAAGGUUCUUAUUCUGAAGAGCCAUUGCCAGUCAAAGUAGACAAUACUGGGCUUGAUGGACCAAUGGUCUGACUCAGUGUUUUCCUAGAUGUUUUAUAUAAAAGACAGACAUGGAGCAGAAGAAAGAGAGGAUUUGAGGAUUUGACCUGUGCGAGAUGGGUGUCCAUAGUGUUCGUAGGGCUUCUUGAUCAUUCAUCAUCUUCUCUCUUGAAUGGAAGGGAUUUUGGCUCAGGCUUGCUGAAUGUGCAUGAGGGUCAGGCUCAAAGAGAGGUGCCAUUCAAGGAGAGUGUCUUGGAAUGCAGAUGACAUUGCGACUGCUGAGGGACAUCGCUCCUGCCCUCUGGGUGGAGGCGCAGGGCUCUCCCCCCCAAACUGCUGUGAAUUUAUAUAAGAGGGAACAAAAUCCAUUAUGGACUGGCAAGGGAGUGCAUACAACUGGGAAUAUAACCUGAAGCCGAUCCAGGAAUGUAAGAUCUCCUGAAUCCAACUAAGCAAUAUAACACUGAUCUUUUUGCUCUUGGGAGCAAAUGCAAGACUGGGGAGAAGUUCACUUCCUAGCCACAACUGCAUGUGUCUUCCACGCAGCAUUCAGUUGUGCUGUGGCUUAGCAGCAAAUCUCUCCUUGUGUCCAUUGCUUGCUUGAUCUCCUUUCCUUGAAAGCUGGUGUGUGCAGCCAGUUGGACAGAGGCCUCACCUGCUGGCAGUCUGGCCAUCUGCACCAGCUUUUAGUAGCCACACAGUCGCCACCAAUUCAUCUGACCUCUCUGGGGCCUUUCAUUUUUGCUCAAACCAAAGGCCUGGGUGGAACGCUUGUUCCCUGUGUGUUCCGGAUGCCUGCCAGUUCUGCAUCUCCCUCCCCACCCCAGCUCCACUUUUGUCCUGUGUUUGUUUCUUUCUGCUCCCACCGGCCCUGCCAAUAAAUUCUCAUAGAGCCAUUUUUAGCUCUGGACUUGAAUGAAUAACAAC